CCAUCCUGCACCCUCACAAAUGGAGUAUGAAGAUGAGGAUUGGUUAUGUGUAACUAUGGAAGAGUUUUCUCUUGCUACUGAAAAUGGUUCUAGCAAGCAAGGGAUAGGUCGGAAGAGAAACUAUGAUGAUGGCACCAGAGAGUUCAAAUCAAAGAACCUAGAAACGGAAAGAAGGAGGAGGGAGAAGCUCAGUAGCAGACUCUUGAUGCUUCGUGCUAUAGUGCCUAUCAUCACAAAUAUGAACAAAGCCACAAUUAUUGAAGAUGCUAUCACCUACAUUGAGAAGCUUCAAGACAAAGUCCAGAGUCUCAGUCAAGAGCUUCACCAAAUGGAAACAACUUCAGAGGAAACAGGAAACACAACAGAUGAAAUUGAUGCUGCACAAGAUAUGAAGGAUUUGGGAAUACAGGAAGAAGUUAGGGUGGCACAAAUAGACGGAAAUAAACUCUGGGUUAAGAUCAUCAUUGAGAAGAGAAAAGGAAGAUUCAGAAAAUUGAUGGAAGCUCUCAAUAAUUUCAGCAUUGAACUCAUAGACACCAAUCUCACAACCACAAAAGGAGCAUUUCUUAUUUCAAGCUGUAUACAGGACAGAGAUGGUGAAAAACUUGAAAUUCAACAAACCAAGGAUUUGUUGCAAGACAUUAUCAAUGGCAUAUAG